GAGGCAGAUGGGGGAGAUGAGAGAAGUAGGGGGACGAUGGGGGCUGGGUGGGGGGCGGUCAGAGGCAAGUACGUGCAGCGACACUGCACGGGGGAGGGGGUGCGCUCUCCACGCCGGUCGCACAGUUGGACCGAAGGCUCGGGACGGCCAGAGCUCCCUCGUCGGAGGGGCGGUGGGGCUGCAGCAGGGUCCACCCCCGCCCUCCCAGCGCCGAAGCCCCGCCCCCGCUCUCCCACCCCCACGCCGAGGUCCCGCCCCCGCAGGCGAGCUGGCGUCACCGUCCAGCCGGCUGGAUCUGGUUCUAGCCGCGCCGGGCCGGCCGGGCAUGCGCAGUGCGGGGGCGCUGCGGCUGCUGGAGGUGCGGACCCCGCGGUGCGCACUGCGGCCGCAUCCCUGCCCCGGCGCCGUACGUGCCCGCGGGACCUGACAACCGGGGCAGAGGGAGGAGCUGUGCUCAGGCCUGUGCCGGACGCAGAGCUGGAGCUGUCCCCAGAAGAGCAGAGGGUCCUGGAAAGGAAGCUGAAAAAGGAACGGAAGAAAGAGGAGAGGCAGCGUCUACGGGAGGCAGGCCUCGCAGCCCAGCACCCGCCGGCCAGGCGCUCGGGAGCUGAGCUGGCCCUGGACUACCUCUGCGCAUGGGCCCAAAAGCACAAGAACUGGAGGUUUCAGAAGACAAGGCAGACGUGGCUCCUGCUCCACAUGUAUGACAGAGACAAGGUUCCCGAUGAGCACUUCUCCACCAUGCUGGCCUACCUGGAGGGGCUGCAGGGCCGGGCCCGCGAGCUGACGGUGCAGAAGGCAGAAGCUCUGAUGCGGGAGCUGGACGAGGAGGACCCCGAUCCCCUCCUGCCAGGGAGGGUCCAGCGCAUCCGGCAGGUGCUGCAGCUGCUCUCCUAGUGGGUUCAGCGCGGGACGGGGCCACUGCCCAGCGCAGGGCGGCCUCGGACCACACAGGGUGCAGCUCCUCCGGCGGUGGGGGCCGGGAUCACCAGCACCAGAGCCUCGCAAGGGCCCCUUCUGUCCUCCAGACCCUCCUUGGCCGGAGACAGUUGUGACAGUGACGACGGGUUCAGUGCCUUCAGCACAGAGCGUGGACGCUCUGGAAUCACCCAGACGCCUGGCCUUGGAGGGGCCCUGGAGCCCUGGGAAUCUGCUUGGGAGGGAAAUGUCUAUUUUUCUACCAGGAAUAUUUUAGAGAUUGGGCCACGCUGGCUCCUCCUGCCAGCUGCAAACCUGCACCUUCCGCCUGAUUCCCCAUCCCCCUGUGUGGGCCGCGUUCCCGGUCCCCUGCCCGCGUCCAUCCAGGGGCCUGGCUGUUCCCUGUUUUCCUUUGACCCCACACAGCCUCACUGCUGGUCAUGGGGAGUCCCUGCUGGGGGCUUGUGGAGUCAGAUCACUCACCUAUGCAGAAACCGUCUCUGUGGCCGCAUUUGAAAUAAAACACGACCCACCAGGGGCCGUGGGUCCUGCUCUGCC